AAAACUAGUAGGUACUUCUAGGACUACAAUACCCGGCGUUCAUUUCGCGCGUGACGUCAGAACCGAUUGAAUCACUGGCGGGAGAAAACAUUCCAGCAAACGCUUCCAGUCGCCGGAGUCCGACGCGUUAGCAGUGUUAUAUAAUUUAUAGAGGUCGAAUGAAUACAUAAACCUACUAGAGUUACGUCGAUUUUGGAGUUUGUUUACAUACUUUACAGUGUGAGAAAUGGUGGCCAAGGGACAGAAGCGCAAACUUCGCAGAGAGGACGAGGGAGGAGGAUCAGCGUGGAGAAGUCAGCUGCAGUCCGUGUUGGACAUCUCCAUGGAUAAGUUUCACCGUGACCAGGCUCUCGUGGAGCCCUGCUUAUUACGGUCGGUUCUGAUCAACAACACACUGCGGCAGGUCCAGUCCGAGGUCGAAUCCCUGUCCACUGGAAAUAAUCCCACGAAAUCAAAACCAGAGGCCAAUUUCCCCCAGUGGUCUCCAUCAGCAGAGCAUCAUACACCUCUGUUCUCGCUGAAUGCUGAAAAUACGGAUGACGAUUUCAUGGCCUGGACUUCUGAGGAGGAUUUCUCUUUAUCUUCAGCCAUUUCUUCCAUUCUCAAAGAUCUAGAGGCCGGUCAAGGGCCUUGUGCAUCUCAGCGGGAUCCGCUCAGCUCUGUAGAGAAUCGAACACAGCGUCCUCUGAGGACUGAGAGAACGUCUGCCGUGGCAUCGUCUGUCAAAACAGAGCAGAUGUGUCCAGGUCGUCUCCAGGAUGUAGGUGUAGACAGACUUCUCCUAGACAUCGACACAGCUGUGUUUGAACCUGAGGUGAACCUUCUGCAAGGUUUCUCGGUCACGGCCGACGAUCUGGUGAAGUAUCUGCCAUCCCUGUCCAAAUCCACAUCAGCGUCCUCUUCCUCCUCUUUAGUCUCUCACGGUCAGGCAACGUGGGAAAUCCAGGAGAUAGAGCAUGUCAUGGACAUCCUGAUGCGAACGUACCCACAAAGCUCUCAAUGUCAGCAGUCUUUGUCAUCUAGCACAUCUCUUGUUCUGUUAAAGAAAUGAUCUGAAAAAUAGAUUCAUUCAGUGUCAUUUAACAAAGUUCAAUGACUUAUACACAAUUGUUUUGAAGGGAGUCCUUACAACUGUGCCUUUUUAGUUUUUUAUUACUUUAUGAAAUAAUGUUUUACUUACAAAUACGCACUUUCCAUCGAGUCAAAUCCUUACAUGGUUUGCGGGUUACCAUUUGGAGCGACCUUUACAUAAACAAAGGUCAUUAAAAUAUGAGAUUGUGUACGUUUGGUUUAAAGAUAUUAUAAUGUGCAGUUAAUGUUACUAGAGCAUUAUGAAUGUACUGAUGCUGUUUCAGCAGAUGAACAUGUAAAAUAUUUACUAUGUCAGUAUGAAAUUAUUACGUGAAUAUUAAUCUCUUUCUAGUCUAUUAUACUUUAAAUAAAGUGGUACUUGGUGACAUCAA